CGCUGCUGGAGUCGGGCCUGCUUGGAGUCGGCUGGUUCCGUGUCGCAACCUCACCUCACCUACCUCCAGCGCGGCCUGGCCUGGCCCAGCGCAGCGAGCGCGACGCGGUGCGGCGCGGCACUGUGGGCCAACCAUCCUCUCUCUCCCCAAGCAACACCCCGGCCAGCCGUCGCGUAGUGCUUGGCGGGGUUCGCGUCCGAUUUUGCCGUCGUCGCUCUCGCCUCGCGCGUAUUCCGCGUCCUUUCGGUCAGUCCCGCCCGCGUCCCGCCCGCGGCUGUCCUUCCCCCGCGCCGCACUUUGGCGCGCGCUCGCGCCCGCACGGACAACGCACGCCCGUCACGCCCGUGGCGUGCGUCGGGCGCGACGUCGGGGCGCGUGAUGCGUGUGGUGGAGUUCCCCGCGAGUGACAGGUGUCAGUGUCCGGGACGGUGCGCACGGCCGUCGUCGGCGACCAGGACCGCCUCGAAGUGCCCCCAUUGUGCAGUGCUUGUGAUUUGAAAUACACUUGGAUACAAUGAAGAAAGAUGAGCAGUGGUGGUUAUGUGAACCAGGGGUCUUUGAAUGGCUCGCACCGAUCGCUCGGUCGGACAUACCGAAGGCCUAGACCACCCUGCGCGGACCAAGUUUUUGUCUCAUCUUCCUCUACAACAUACUUCACAUGGAAUUCACCAUACGAUUCAGGAUCAGACUCAUACACAAGAUCCAAUGGCCACGUGCACAACACUUCAAUACAAUAUGUGCCAGUAUCACUUCGCACUGUCUUAUUCUCUGACGAAAAGCAGGAAUUCCAAGAAGUUUCCUUAUUCUUGGAAAAAGAAGGCGAUGUCAGUACAGAUUCCGAUAAUGAAAACCCAUAUGAGUCUCUUUAUGAGAACCCAGAUGCCAUAGAUGAUAUUGAUUCGUUUGACUCUGACUCAGAUGAAGAGGGUCAUCACACAUCUCACCCUCACCAUGAGCCGGGUAUUUCCAAUUUGCAAAAUGGAAAACUACCAGAUGUACCUCCCCGAGAAAAUAUAUAUGGUGUGCAUGUCAUGCGUUUCAAAGAAGCAGCUGGGAAAAAAAUGCAAAAGAUAGCAAAGAACUGGUCCCUUAGAAAAAAUGAUAUUAGCAACAAGCUCAGCCGAAUGCGUAGGAAAAGCAGUGUGGAUCCUAGAGGAGCUGCUGCGUUAUCUGUACCUGAAAGCUCUCCACCAAGAACGCCACCUAUGGGAAAAAGCCAGUCUUCUAAUCAGCUUGCUGGAAAUAAAUACUGGUCUUUCAAAAGCAAAUUCAAGCGCAGCCAGAGUACAUCAACCUCACUGGGAUCAACCUUCUAUUUAACUGAGGAGCUAGUAGUGGGUAAUGAAUCAUCAUCAAGUGUGUCACAGGUGGACUCUAACUCAACAUAUACAGACUCAGCAUCCCCAGCAAGUCAACGUAGUGGUCCUCCAUCCAACAUUCUACCCUUACCACUACCACCACGACCUCCAUCAGCUACUAGUCAACAAAACUAUAUCAAUGAAAGAAGAAACAGUGGUGCUGUGCGGCCAAAUUCCCCUCCACCUCCCCCACCUCCAGUUCCUAAGAGAAAUGGCCCACAGAAAGAUAGAGACAAGACAAAAUCCAGCUCUUCAUCCUGGUAUGCCGAAUGUGGACUGUUCGACUCUUCUAAUUUAGAUUCUAUAAAAAGGGCACAGAAAGAGGAUCCUCUUAAUACAUCACUUUAUGCUGAGGCAGGGUUGUGGGAUAAUGUACCGCCACCAAGUUCAAGUCCAUAUGAUAGUUCUCAAUCAGAGCAUGAUGCCAGCCAGACCACAGAUUACAGUGAUUCUUCUGCAGGGCACACUGGACCAUUAUUUAGUGAUGAACCUCUCUACCAAUUUUACAAUGCAUCAGUGUUUGAACAAGCGAGACGAGAAGAAGCUGCUGAAGGAGAUUCAGAUGGCUAUGAGGAGAUAGUUGAUGGUAUUGUUAAGACAACUCGCCCAUCAGCGAUGGAACUUAUUAGACCAAGAGAAGGAAAACAUAGAACUUUGUGGUGUGAAAUUCCAGAAGUCAAGGAGAGUGGUGUCUUAGAUUCGUUAAGUGCACAUGAGAAAAAACUCCAAGAGUCUAAAUUCGAGUUGAUAACAUCAGAAGCCUCCUAUGUCAAGUCUCUCAUUGUUUUAGAAAAACACUUCAUGAACAGUGUAGAGUUCAGAGAUGAGUCUAUACUCUCGAAGGGUGACCGUCGUAUUUUGUUUUCCAAUGUCAAUCCUGUUCGUACUCGGUCGGAAAAAUUCUUAGCAGAUAUGGAGCAUUGUUGGCAAGACAGCAUUAUGCUCCAAGGAAUCUGUGACAUAGUCAAACGUCAUGCCAGCGAGUAUUUCAAUGUCUACACAAAGUAUUGCACAAAUCAGAUUUAUCUUGAUCGUACUUUGAAAAAACUGAGAGAGGGUGAUAGUCGCUUUUCAGAAGCAUUGCUACAUCUAGAGAGUUCACCAGAGUGCCAAUCUUUAUCUUUACAUUCGUUCUUGAUGCUUCCAAUGCAAAGAAUCACCAGACUUCGAUUGCUAUUAGAUGCUGUUCUGAAACGCCUCACUCCAGAACAUGAUGAGUACAACUCUUGUCAACAAGCAUGCGCAUCUCUUAACAAGGUUGUUAAUGAGUGUAAUGAAGGCGCUCGAAAAAUGGAGCGCUAUGAGGAAAUGAUGCUGCUUAGUCGUCAACUUGAAUUUUCUCAGACUGUUAAACCUGUACCAAUUAUUUCUGCUGCUCGUUGGCUUGUGAAGUCAGGUGCUUUGACUCAAAUGAUUUGGAGAAAUGAUGAUGCUAAGCUAACAUUUGGCCGAAAAGUCAAUAAAAUUACUGUGCAUCUAUUUCUGUUCACUGAUAUACUUGUGAUCACAAAACGCAAGAGUGAAGAUGUCUAUAGUGUUGUGGACUAUUGCCCAAGAAAUUUAGUACAGAUGUCAUCCAUGGAAGACUUGCCUCAGCCACAACAGUUGCAGCUGCAACCUCCUCUUAAAGGUGGAGCAGGAGGACGCAAUUUGGUUUUACUUACUAUGCUGCAAAAUCAAGAAACCAAGACUGUCGAAAUGGUUUUAUCUUGUGGAAGUGAAUCUGAUAGAGAGCGUUGGCUGGCUGCUGUAUCACCUCCAAAAUCAGAUAAUCCAAAUGAGCAGUUGUAUGAAAUUUGGGACUGCCCACAAGUCAGGUCAGAACAUCCAUAUGCAGCUCAGCAGCCUGAUGAACUAUCUUUAGAUGUGGGAGACGUGGUAAAUGUUUUACGUAAAACUAAAGAUGGUUGGUAUGAAGGUGAACGUAUACGGGACCGAGAGAAAGGCUGGUUUCCUGCCAAUUACACAGUUGAGAUUGCUUCUGCUCACAUAAGAGCCAAGAAUUUAAAGCAGAGACAUCGGUUCCUUAUUCUGUCUGGUAGUUACUUGCAAGAGUCUCGCUCUAAAAAUAAGUAACGAACAAAGCUUACACUUAAAUUAUAUUUUUUUUAUAAAUCAUACUUGAGGUGCUAUUUUACAUUUAAAAUUUAAAUGGUGUGAUGGGACAACAUCCUAACUCACAUUAUUUGAAAUUCUAAGACAUUGUGAUAAUGUUUUGAAAUCAAUUCAUACCAAGCAAGAUCAUAGCAUUUGAUGCACGACAACCUCUUCAGUAUUUAUUGAAUCGGGCAGUCUUAGAUGCCUUCCUUCAGAAAUCCCAAAAUCAAAAUAUGUAGCUGCAUCCUACGCAGAGGUUUCUGACAAAGUCGCCUAAUUUGUGUGAAAUGCCAUAUUUCUGACUUUUUCCAUGAAAUACUGAAGUCUAGAAAUUUUAAAUAAAUUCUUUAUUACCACUAUCAAAGUUGAGCCUACCCUGACAAAGAGUUUAGUAAAAUAAGACUUCUCUCACGUCUUUCUCUCUCGCUAGUUAUAAGUUGCCAAACCAUUGUGAUUUUGUUUAAUAUUCUAAAGUGCUAGACUGAGAAUUUGUACACUUAUUCUCAGGGAAGUUACUCAUACUGAGAGUAUAGAUAAUUUAAGUUUACCAACUCAUUUUUGAGUGUGAUCUUGUUGGUGCAUUCCAAAGUAGAGGGUAAUUACUAUUUUAGUAAAUUUUAUAUUGUAAGACUUUAUUGUUUGUUGUUUUUUUUUUUGGAUAAAUUUGAAGAUGUUGUUUGUACAAAUUUUUAUAAAUAGUGUGACAAUGUGUACAAAUUGUUAUGGUUUUUCAAGUCACAAAACCAUUCAGCCCAUAAGUUUAUAUUACUGUAUAUAAUUGUAAAUUGUAAACUGAAAAUCAAAUGUAUUAAAAGAAUACCUAACUAA